UACCAACUCACCCAUGUAAAUCCCUGCAGCUAAACAUACAUACAUACAUACCUAUUCACCCUUUUGACUCCACGCUCCACGCUCCACGAUAUUAGUAGAUCAUAAGUAUUUCUAUUUCUAUUUCUAUUUUGGGAAUAUUCAAAAGGAUUUAAUCCAGCUACAGGCACAGGCACAGGCAAAUAAAUAAAACUCCCCCUACCUCCCCUUUACCUGUUCCAUUUUCCUCUUUCCUUUCUAGUAUCUCCCCCAUCGAUACCAUCGAUACCAUAUUGACCAUCUCGUCUGUCUGUCGACUUCCUUUCUCGACCUAUCACCCAUACCGCCAAGCUCCUAUCGAACGGUGCCUUUCGUACUUAAGCUGGAAGCCAGCAGCUCUUGAUACCCUUCUCUCUUCUCAAGCUAUACCUACUUCCAUACAAGCGUAUUACUAUUCCGUCCAGUCGCGCUACUUCACGAGACCUCUUGCGAGAUCCUUCUCUUGUAUCUGACUAUCGAUAUUAUCUCUACUCCAGAUCGAGGUCACGAGCCCCUCUACUACCACCCAUCCCACCAUGUCGCCCACCUAUACCAUGUCUGCACACCUGUGCAAACAAAUUCAGAAGUCGUUCCAGACGCGCCAGACUUCGCCCGAGCCUCUAAGCCCAACCGCUACAUACCUACCGACAUACUUGCGCCGGUCACCUUCGCCUCAGCCUGAGAAGCGCACCAGCGUAGACAGCGAUCGCAGCGACACCAGCACUCACACCGUUUCGUCAAGUUCAAGUUCAAGUUCAAGUUCAAGUUCAAGUUCAAGUUCAAGUUCAAGUUCAAGUUCCAGUUCCAGCUGGAGGUGGGGUGGUCGCUAAGUGCUAAGUUGGCCUAUGAUUAUUAGCGAGAAACAUUCGGAGGGAGAUGUGGAGAUGUGGAGAUAUUAGCGAUGACGUACCGGCAACUGGAGAAUGGAGAAUUGAUACCCCUUUGAUAAACCGAGAAUUGGCGAGCUUUCUACUAGCGACUGCAAUUAGCAGAAUUAGCAGACCACCUAACGUACGACGAACGAAUAAAUGGCGCCAUCUAUUCUCCCGAUCACGCAACGCACAACAUGUUAGUCACCGACAAGGCGAUACGGGACUAUAGCACGGAAAGCCAGCGUGGUGCUGUGCGCAUUUGUCGCGCAAAAGUAGCCCAUUAUCAGGCUACUAGGAUGCAGUUUUGCUAUCGCCUAACCUUGGGAACUACCCGCAUUGGAUUGGAGGUUAUACAUAUUUCUUUGAGAAGGGAACAUACCGCGAUGCAUUACGAGAAUGAAAUCGCAUCAAUAAUGAUGUGAAGUCUGCAUUAUCAGCAAGUAGACUAAUUAGGCUGGGAAGAGUAGAAUGAGCUCUUCCCACCAUUUAAAUACAUAAUUAUCUUUCCCA